UAAUUUAAUAGGCUACAUAUUGAUAAAUAUAAAUUUACAAUAAAGUGAGUGUGGUCUUUUAUCUCUCCAGGAUUUUCAAUGGCGAAAUUAUCUCCCUGCAGUCGCAUCACCCUUCUUCUUCUGUUACCUCAUUUCCUGACUGUAUCACCGGCCACGCCAGAUGAUCUUGUAAUCAACACCGGCGAUGGAAAAGUUCAAGGGAAGUUGCUUUCUGUGCUGGGUGGUAAUAUUAGAGCAUUUUUAGGAAUUCCUUAUGGGAAACCACCUGUGGGGAAACUGCGAUUCAGUCCUCCAGAGCCAGCAGAGAGUUGGGAAGGAGUGAGGGAUGCCACACAAUUCUCAAAUUCCUGCUACCAGCUGCCGGACACAACCUUUCCAGGGUUCUACGGUUCAGAAAUGUGGAACGCAAACACUCCUCUAAGUGAAGACUGUCUGUACCUAAACGUCUGGACCCCACGUUUCAACAAAACUCAGCCUAAGCCAUUGGCUCAUGUCCUUGUCUGGGUCUAUGGAGGCGCGUUCAAUUCAGGAACAUCCUCUCUGGAUCUGUAUGAUGGUCGCUUCUUGAGUAAAUCUGAAGAUGUUGUUAUAGUAUCAAUGAAUUACAGACUCGGAGCUCUUGGGUUCCUGACUACUCCUGCUGAUAAGAACCUCCAGGGAAACGCAGGCCUGAUGGACCAGCGCUUGGCCCUCCAGUGGGUUGCCAAAAACAUAGCUGCUUUUGGAGGGGAUUCUUCAAAGGUGACUCUGUUUGGCGAGAGCGCUGGGUCAGCAUCUGUGGGCUUCCACCUGAUCUCUCCAGGGAGCCAGAGUCUUUUUCAAAGAGCUGUGAUGCAAAGUGGCUCUCCUAAUGCACCCUGGGCCAUAUUCAGCCAGGAUGAGACCUGGCGCAGGUCUACGAAACUGGCGACGCUGCUGGGUUGUCCCCAAUCGUCUCCAUCUGAUAUGAAAGCUUGUCUGCAGCAGGCUGAUCCUAUGGAACUCACAUUGAAGCAAUAUGAUGUUAUCGUAUGGCCUUCACUCAUAGGCAUACCCUUUGGCCCUUACGUUGAUGGACACUUCCUACAAGAUACAGUUGAAGUAUUGCUUAGUACCGGUAAGCUUCCAAAGAAAGAUGUGCUGUUUGGCAUAAACAAGGAAGAAGGGACCUACUUCCUAAUUUAUGCAAUUCCUGGGUUUAACAACACCGGUCAGAGUCUUAUCACCAGAGAUGAGUUCCUGAAAGGAGUGCAUAUUUCAAUGAAACAUGCAAGUGAUGCCACUAGGGAUAUGGCCACGUUUCACUACACUGAUUGGACAGAUGAGAAUAACAGUAUGACAAAUCGUGACUCGCUGGGGAGUCUGGUUGGAGACCAAAUGAUUACUUGUCCUGCGCUAGAGUUUGCUCGGAGGUACUCUCAACAUGGUGGUAAGACUUUCCUUUAUUCAUUCGACCACCGGUCCUCCGUCAAUCCUUGGCCAGAAUGGAUGGGCGCUAUGCACGGCUAUGAGAUAGAGUUUGUCUUUGGAAUGCCUCUAAAUGCAUCACUGGGAUACACAAAGAAGGAAGUGGACAUGACAAAGAAAUUCAUGAAACACUGGGCCAACUUUGCCCGGACAGGGAAUCCCGGCAUUGAUGGAGAUAACUGGCCCACGUUCACCCCUGAAAAGCAGGAGUAUGUCACUCUGAACACCAACCCUCCAGAACGAAAGAUGAAGAUGAACGCUAAAGAGUGUCACCUCUGGAACACAUUCCUUCCAAAAGUACAAAAGAGGAUCUCCAGUCUUGUCUUACAGCAAAUGGGAUUCUAUUCCACUGUAACUACACCUUCCUCCUCAUUUUAUCAGUCAUAACUUUGACCUAUUGAUAUAGAGAAGACACCUGUGUUCUAGUCAGCCAUAUCCAACAGAUUACAUAACAUAUAGUUGUUUUGUUCUUUACUGUUUUUGUAAUUACAGAAUGUUUGUAUGAAACUUACUGUAUACGGUGUGUGUGCGUUAGUUAAACAAAUGCUCCUGUUUGUGGCAACUGUUCAUUCAAUAACCAGCAUUCACAGCGAUAGUUUCAUUUAGAGAUGCAGCUGUUCACAUAUCAUGGUAUAGCAACAAGCCCUGCAGGCAUUUUAUUUUCACAAGUGAUCAAACAGUUCAAUUUAUUUUGCAGGUGUUCGUGCUACAUAAUUUCUCCAAAAGAAACUGGUAGUUUAAGUUAUGACCCUCUUAUUGUAUUUCUCGUAUUGUCAGCUACCAGUUUUUUUACUUGUCUUUCAUUUUCCAUGUUCUAUACUGUUUUAUGUUUAUGUGCAGGGUCAGCAGUUUCUUCUAUCAGAAGUAAACAUAUUUGAAUGCAAACGUGCAUACAAUCUGGGUGUCUCAACUGGCAUUUGUAAUGGGUGUAAAUGUGUACUAUUGUCAGUCAGUCAUUUUAUUAAAAAAAUAACAUUAAGCAACAUAUAGCAUAAUGUAAACCUCAAGUUGUUUAUGUUCUCAAUUUAAAACAAUAUCAAAGGUUUGGUUACUACUUGCUAAAUAACAUAUAUUCUUGUCAUCUGAAGUGUUUCUCAGUUUAGCAUCCUGUGUUAUUGUUCCUCUCCUGUCAUGGAAGACAGUAAUGUGAUAAUAAACAGUAUCACGGAGCAGCGGUCCAGAGUGUUGAUACAAAACGCAAAUGAGAUGUUCGAGAGGAAUAAACCACCUUGAUUAGUGACCUUGAAUGUACUUAUAUAGAGGUAAGCCAAAUGACAUCAAAGCUCCUGCCCCUUGGCUAUCAUCUGAUGACUAUUUACCUUUUUGUCUGCUAAAAAAUAAACAUUUAAUUGAG